AUGGGUCGCCUUCAAGAGUACGAGGUCAUCGGGCGCCACUUGCCCACCGAGGCCAACCCUACCCCGGCCAUGUACCGGAUGACCAUCUUCGCCCCUAACGAGACUGUCGCCAAGUCCCGUUACUGGUACUUCUUGCGUGGUCUCAAGAAGGUCAAGAAGGCCACUGGUGAGAUCGUCAGCAUCAAGGCGAUCCACGAGAAGCACCCCGAGAAGGUCAAGAACUUCGGUAUCUGGCUGCGAUACGAUUCUCGAUCUGGUACCCACAACAUGUACAAGGAGUACCGCGAGCUGACCAGAACCGAUGCCGUCGAGUCCCUGUACUCUGACAUGGCUGCUCGCCACCGUGCCCGUUUCAGGUCUAUCCACAUUCUCCGUGUCGUUGAGGUUGAGAAGACCGCCGACAUCAAGCGCCCCUACAUCAAGCAGCUCGUCACCAAGAACCUCAAGUUCCCUCUCCCCCACCGUAUUGCCAAGACCAGCACCCAGAAGCUGUUCAGCGCGAAGCGACCUUCCACUUUCGCUUAAGAAUGUUAUUGGUUUUGAGGACGGUUGGGCUAGGUUCUGCGGGUGUUUACAACGGAUCAUGGAAAUAUCACUGCAUUUGCUCGUUUAAAAAAGAGCACUGAAUGAACCAAAAAAUUCUGAACACGGUGUAGAUUUUUAUGACUCUAGCAAUGUGAAUGUCUGUGUUUUUCUUUACCGCGACAUUCCGUGUUGAUCGCUAAGAGGCACCGAUGCUGCAAAGAGACAUGAGCUGAUGUCACGCUGGUUAUUUUCUAUAAAAGAAGACGAAUUCGGCGGGUCUAGCGGUUAAAAGAUGCACAAUACAAAAACAAUUGCGCCUUCUACAGGCAAACAAUUUUUUUUUUCACCUAUACAUGAAC